ACAUGCUGCUGGCCCUUUAAGAGCAGCCUCAUCUGAUUGAAAGGACAGUGUGUGUGCGCACGUGUGUGUCUGCGUAAGCCAGCCAGUCUGAGCGCAGAGACAGCAGAGGCCUCAUACCCCACGCUCAUUCUCCAGCAGGACUGCGUGCUCGCUCUCUCCUCCUCUAUCUCCCACUGUACUCUGUGAAAAGGUUAGACGGAUAAGUCACACUGAAGUCUUUAAGGGAUUUCUAUGUGCUCGGGAACCUCCAUCACCCCUCGAGGUCGUCCCGUAACACUCUGUCUGGAGUGGGAGCUGGCUGCAGGAGGUACCGGAGCCUGCCCUAACCAUCCCGAUGCUGCGGGUCUUCGUCCGGCACGCUCAAUGCGUGUUAACGCCAGACGAGGACGUCAGCGAUGCCUACUGCUCCAUCACCUUCCAAGGGUCUAAAAAGAAGACAAAGGUUAUCAAGAAUAACUUGAACCCAGUGUGGAAUGAAGAAUUUGAGUGGGACCUCAAGGGCAGACCUUUGGACCCAGGCUCAGAGCUCCAUGUGGUGGUCAAGGAUCGCGAGAAGAUGGGCAGAAACAGAUUCCUGGGGGAGACCUGGGUGGCUAUGCGGGAUGUCCUCAACUCCCCAAAUCUAGCAGAAACCUUUACUGUCACUCUGCAGGAUGCCAAGAGGAACAACACUGGGGCUACGGUGUCCUUGCACGUUUGCUACAUAGCUCCCCCAGGCAUGGCACCUAUUUUCCAGCCCCUCCCUCAACCUGAGCCCCAGCAUACCCCUCAGGAGCUGGACACCGUCACAGUGUUUUCCAUGGACACCAUCGGGGAGGAAGACACGGAGAGCAUGAUCACUAUAGAAACCACUGAGGACCCGGAGCCCGUGACAGGACCCCAGGGACCGGAGGCGCCCACUUCCCCACCCAAGAAAACACCCCCAAAUAUGUACCAGGGCAUGAAAAAGAAGAAGCGUCAGCCAAACAGACCUCCGUUACCUGACAGACCCCAGGACCUACAGGCACGGGUGAGGAUCAUAGAAGCAAGACAGCUGCCAGGAGUCAACAUAAAACCGGUCGUCAAGGUGACCAUUGCAGGAAAAACAAAGACAACCCGGAUUCAAAAAGGCAACAGUCCCUAUUUUGAUGAGACCUUCUUCUUUAACUUCUUUGAGACUCCCUCAGCACUUUUUGAUGAAACCGUCUUUAUUACAGUGUUUAACUCCAAGUCCCUUCGUACUGAUUCUGUGAUUGGAGAGUUUAAGCUUGAUGUGGGAACAAUAUACACAGAAAACAGACAUGCUUUCCUCAGGAAGUGGCUGCUGCUGUCUGACCCAGAAGACUUGUCUGCGGGGGCCAAGGGCUACCUGAAAGUCAGCCUGUAUGUGCUAGCGGCUGGUGACGAGGCUCCGAUGGACAAGAAGGAGGGAGCAGAAGAGAAGGAAGACAUUGAGGGAAACCUGCUGCGACCUGCAGGGCUGAGCCUGAGGGGGGCCACAUUCACCCUGAAGGUCUUCAGGGCAGAGGACCUGCCUCAGAUGGAUGAUGCUUUCUUGGAUGGUGUGAAGCAGAUUCUGGGUUUUGAUAGUAACAAGAAGAAUUUGGUGGAUCCCCUGGUGGAAGUCACCUUUGCAGGCAAAAUGAUCAGCACUAAGAUUCUGGAGAAGAAUGCUAACCCCCAGUGGAAUCAAAGCCUGACUAUCCCCAUCAGGUUUCCCUCCAUGUGUGAGAAGAUGAGAAUCAGAGUCAUGGACUGGGACAGAGCCAGUCACAAUGAUGUCAUUGGCACCACUCACCUGUGCAUGUCCCGGAUUUCUGCCCCUGGUGGUGAGAUUGAAGAUGACUUGCCGUCGGGGAGCCACACAAACAGCAUAGAUGAUAGCCUUGGCUUUCUCCCUACAUUUGGGCCCUGCUUCAUCAACCUCUAUGGGAGCCCUAGAGAGUUCACUUCCUUCUCCGACCCCUAUGAGGUGCUGAACCUAGGAAAGGGUGAGGGUGUAUCCUACCGUGGGAGGGUUCUCCUGGAGCUCAACACCAAGCUAGUGGAGCGGGUUGAACAGAAGGUGGAGGAUAUCCAUUCAGAUGACCUCCUAGUGGUGGAGAAAUUUAUGCGUAAGCGAAAGUACUACCUGUUCGCGGCCUUCUACUCGGCGACCAUGCUGCAGGACGUGGACGAUGCCAUUCAGUUUGAGGUCAGCAUCGGCAACUACGGCAACAAGUUUGACUGUACGUGCCUCCCGCUGGCCUCCACCACGCAGUACAGCCGGGCCGUCUUUGACGGUUGCCACUACUACUACCUUCCCUGGGGGAGCAUCAAGCCCGUGGUUGUGCUGUCUUCGGAGUGGGAAGACAUCAGUCCCCGCCUCGAGGCCCUGAACAUGCUGUUGUGCGCCCUGGAGCGCCUGGAGGCUAACCUGACAGAGCUGCAGCUGUUGCUGAAAGCAGCCAGUGACCUGGAGGAGGUGAAUGGCAAGGUGGAGGAUCUGCUUGAUGACGUCAUUGCUGACUGCAGUCAGGAGCUGCCAGAGCUGAAAGACUGGCCGUGUGCCACGCCUCUGGACCGGGCCAUGCGGCACCAGCGCGAGGUCAUCCUGCAGCAGAUCGAGCAGGCCGCCCUAGCGCUGAAGCAUAGCGACUCCACUGAGCCGGAGGCUGUCCUGGACCAAGCUGAGGACUGGAUUGUACGGCUGCGCUCGCUUUCUGUGGAGCCACAGAACAGCCUCCCAGACAUAGUCAUCUGGAUGCUGCAGGGUGACCGGAGGAUCUCCUACUACCGCAUCCCUGCCCACGAGGUCCUCUUCUCCCAGGGCCACUGUGGGAAAAACUGCGGCCAGCUGCAAACCAUUUUCAUGAAGUACCCCCAGAAUGGCAGUGGGAAGAACAAGAUCCCAGCGCAGCUGCGUGUCAAAAUCUGGCUUGGACUGUCAGUAGAUGUCAAACAAUUCAACCGGUUCUCUGAGGGCAAGCUGUCUGUGUUUGCGGAGACGUAUGAGAACCAGACCAGGCUGGGAUUGUUAGGAAGCUGGGGCACCACAGGCCUCACCUACCCGAAAUUCAGUGACGUCACCGGCAGAGUGAAGCUGCCCAAAGACGGCUUUCGCCCGUCCCCGGGCUGGGCCUGGGCUGGGGACUGGUUUGUCAGCCCAGAGAAGACUAUGCUGUAUGACGUGGAUGCGGGUCACAUGACCUUCAUGGAGGAGGUGUUUGAGAACCAGAUGAGGUUGCCGGGAGGACAGUGGAUUGCAAUGCCUGAAGGCUACACUGAUGUGAAUGGAGAAAAGGCCGUCCCCAAGGACGAGGUGGAGUGCCCCCCGGGAUGGGUGUGGGAAGAUGUGGAGUGGAGUGAAGACCUGAACCGUGCUGUGGAUGAUCAAGGCUGGGAAUACGGCCUCACCAUCCCUCCAGACCGUCGACCGAAGUCCUGGGUCCCAUCUGAGAAAAUGUAUCACACCAAUCGGCGCCGGCGCUGGAUUCGCCUCCGACGCAGAGACCCGCAGAAGAUGGAGGCUCUCCGGAAGCAAAGGCCGGACGAGUCGGAGCGGGAGGGCUGGGAGUAUGCUUCUCUGUUUGGCUGGAAGUUCCACCUCAAGCAGCGGAAGACUGACUCCUUCCGCCGCCGCCGCUGGCGCUGCCGGAUGGAGCCGCUGGACAAGACUGGGCCGGCGGCCAUUUUUGCCCUGGAGUGUUCCCUGACAAGCGUGACCGAAGACAAGAACGAUGACAAGUCAGUAACGACAGCCUUUGGAGUGAACAGGCCCACCAUCUCCUGCUUCUUUGAAUGUGGCACCCGCUAUCACCUGCGCUGUUACCUGUACCAGGCAAGGGAGCUCAUCGCCUUGGAUAAAGACAGCUUCUCAGACCCCUAUGCCAUUGUGUCCUUUCUCCAUCAGAGUCAGAAGACUGUGACCAUUCGCAACACACUCAACCCUACAUGGGACCAGACUCUCAUAUUUUAUGAAAUUGAAAUCUUCGGGGACUUGCGUGUGACAGAGCGUGACCCCCCAAAGAUUAUGGUGGAACUCUUUGACCAAGACACCUAUGGGGCAGAUGAAUUUCUGGGCCACUGUGUGUGUCAGCCUUCCAUGGUGCCCCCACCACGCCUUGCCUGGUACCCCAUUCUGAGGAACGGGAAGCCUGCUGGGGAGCUGCUGGCAGCAUUUGAGCUAAUCCAGAGAGAAAAGCCCGCAAUCCAUCACAUCCCUGGUCAGGAGGGAGAGCCCUUGCUUACCACUCACACCAUGGAUGAGCUCAUCUUCCCCGGAUUCCUCUCUGAGAAUCUGCAGCAAUGGCCCACGGACUCAGACCUGCCCUACCCACCCCCCCAGCGGGAGCCCAAUGUCUACAUGGUGCCCCAGGGUAUAAAGCCUGUCCUGCAGCGCACAGCUAUCGAGAUCCUGGCAUGGGGAGUCCGGAACCUGAAGAGCUUCCAGCUGGCCAGCGUGACAUCUCCCAGCCUUCAGGUGGAGUGUGGAGGCAGCAUGGUACAGUCCUGUGUCAUCCGUAACGCUAAGAAGAAGCCCAACUUUGAUAUCAACACGCUUUUCAUUGACGUGCACUUGCCACGGGAGGAACUGUACAUGCCCCCCAUCGUGGUGAAGGUGAUUGACAACCGGCAGUUUGGCCGUAAACCUGUGGUGGGACAGUGCACUAUUCGCUCGCUGGAGGAGUUUCGUUGUGUGCCUCAGGACCUGGAUGGGCAUGCUGAUGAGGAACAACUGGAUGAUAGAUGCCAAACGCCCCGUGAUGAAGUUCUGAUUGACAUUGAUGACAAAGAGCCUCUCAUUCCUGGUCAGCUUGCAGAUGGCACCAGCUCUGCCAUAAUUAACAUCUCAUCAUCUUUCUCCAGUCUCAAUAUGGUGAAGUGGGAAGAAGAGUUCAUUGACUGGUGGAGCAAAUUCUAUGCCUCAACAGGAGAGAUGAAAAAAUGUGGAACAUAUCUUGAGAAGGGAUUUGACACACUGCAGGUGUAUGACUGCGAACUGGAAAACGUGGAUGGGUUUCAUGGACUGGUGGACUUCUGCCAAACUUUUAAGCUGUACAGGGGAAAGACCCAGAAUGAGAGUGAGGACCCUUCUGUCAUUGGAGAGUUUAAAGGAAUGUUUAAGAUCUACACCCUACCUGAUGACCCCUCCCUGCCUUUGCCACCACGGCAAUUUGCUCAGCUUCCCGCAAAUGGCACUGAGGAGUGCCUGGUUCGCAUCUACAUUAUCCAGGCCAUGGGACUUCAGCCCAAAGAUUCCAACGGCAAGUGUGACCCAUACGUGAAGAUCAUCUUGGGCAAAAAGUCCAUCAGUGACCAUGACAACUACAUCCCUUGCACACUGGAUCCCAUAUUUGGAAAGAUGUUCGAGUUGACCUGUGCCUUACCUCUGGAGAAGGAUCUAAAGAUCAUGCUAUACGAUUAUGACAUGCUGUCUAAGGAUGAGAAGAUUGGGGAGACAGUGAUUGACCUAGAGAACCGCUUCUUGUCCUGCUAUGGAGCUCGAUGUGGGCUUCCCCAGUCUUAUUGUCUGUCAGGGGUCAACAGGUGGCGGGAUCAGCUGAAGCCCUCACAGCUCCUGAAGAAACUCUGUGAGCAGCGGAGCUAUAGGCAGCCUGUUUACAAGCCGGAUCGAGUGAUCUUCAGGGGUCAUGAGUACACAGCCACUGAUCUGGAUGAGGCCAAGCCACCCAACCCACACCUGGGACCACUGGAAGAGCGCUUGGCACUUUUGAUCCUGCGCAGACAGGACCUUGUGCCCGAGCAUGUGGAGACACGCCCACUAUACAGCCCCCUUCAGCAGGAAAUCGAGCAGGGACGUCUGCAGCUGUGGGUAGACCUGUUCCCCAAGUCCCUAGGACCACCAGGGCCACCUUUCAACAUCUGUCCACGCAAGGCCAAAAAGUUCUUCCUCCGGUGCAUUGUAUGGAAUACCAAUGAUGUCAUCCUGGAUGACACCAGUGUCACGGGGGAGAAGAUGAGUGAUAUAUAUGUCAAAGGCUGGUUGCAGGGACAUGAGGACAACAAACAGAAGACCGAUGUGCACUAUCGUUCCCUGGGGGGAGAGGGGAAUUUCAACUGGCGCUUCCUCUUCCCAUUCCAUUACCUUCCUGCUGAGCAGCUCUGCACCUUCAAUAAGAAGGAGCACUUCUGGAGCCUGGACAAAACUGAGACAAAGCUGCCACCAAGGCUUACUCUCCAGAUCUGGGAUAAUGACAAGUUCUCCUUUGAUGACUACCUCGGAUGUCUGGAGCUGGACCUGAAUCACAUGCUUCGCCCAGCCAAGACGGCGGAGAAAUGCAGCCUAGACCUCUUGAGUCAACCUCCAGAGAAGCUGGUUUCCCUGUUUGAGCAGAAGACUGUGAAGGGCUGGUGGCCUUGCGUGUGCGAGAACAGCGGGGAGAAGAUCCUUGCUGGGAAAGUAGAGAUGUCCCUAGAGGUUGUAUCAGAGGAGGAGCAAGAGGAGAGACCUGCUGGCCUGGGGAGGGAAGAUCCCAACAUGAAUCCCCACCUGGAGCCACCUCAGCGUCCUGACACAUCUUUCCUCUGGUUCUCCUCACCUUUCAAGACCUGCAAGUUCAUCCUGUGGAGAAGGUUCAAGUGGGUCUUCCUCGGCCUCCUCUUCCUAUUCCUAUUGCUUCUCUUCCUCGGUGUCUUCCUCUACUCCUUUCCGAAUUAUGUUGCGAUGAAGCUGGUGUCUCCCUUCGGUCGUCGUGAUCAGUCCUAAUCGCCUCUGGAGGAGAUCCUUACCAGACUGUACCCCAGUGCCCUGCUAACCUCAUCAGACUCUAUAUAGUGCAUGAUGACACCAACCCCGUGCCUGACCUGACAUUACGCCACAGCUCUGCAGUGCUUUGAACCCAAACGCUCAGCUAGUUGACCAGAAUAAUCUUGCAUAGUGCUCUUCAGAGUCACUGCACUUAAAAGGCUGAGUUCCACUAGCUCUUGCAGAAGGAAAUUGUUGGGCCUUCAGUGCAGCUCCGCAUUUCUACUGAACUGCUGCCCUGGCCAUGAACCGACAGUGAACCUGCUCUCUAUUCUGUUUGAUUUGCAGCUUGUCUUUAAUCUCUCCUCGGUUUAAUCCCUUUUCAUGUCUCCUGUAAAAGCUGCAGUCUUUCCUUCACAGUAAGAUGCGGCUUCCUUCUUCCUGGACGCAGCAGGCGCGAUAGUACAGUGUCUCAUCGCUCGCUCGGGUGCUUUCAAUAACUGCACGUCCCCUCAGCUUCCAACCUGGAGUUCUGUGCUGUCAUCACACGUCCUGGGCGAAACUUCGUCAUCAGUAAGAAGUACAUGCCAGUGGACGGGGGCAAGGGAUAUUUGGUUUUAAAGAAAUUCCCCGGGUAGGGCAGGGGUAGCGUACGUAGCAGGAAUUUCUGCAUGAGAAUGCGUGACGGAAAAAAUUAAAUAUAAGAAAAGGUAAACUGCAGGUGAGGCCCGUAAUCCUGCUGUUGAGUUCCAGCAUAUUAGCGGAACACGGAGUCAGGUGUAUCCAGGAUCAUGGCUGGGUCGCCGCAAGGUCACGCUGGGGACCUUAGCUAGCUUGUCGUGUAUCAUGAGUGGCUUCUUAUGGAGGCGUGCUUUGCGUGUGCAGCAGUGCCGCUGUGUUUGUCUGGCCCUCCGGCUCUACGCCAUGCCUUCUGAGACUGGGAAAGGUCAUCUGUCUGGCUAAUCCUUUCAGAUCCCCUGGAUUUCCUGGAGUGUGUACAUUUUUUAGGAAAGAGAAAAAAGGAAAGCGAAGCCCUUUGAUCUUUAAACUGUCCCCAUUGGCAUAACUGCAGAGUGCAGACUAGAGUCCCAGUGAUGGGAACCGAGAGCUAGCUUGUUAGCAUGUUAUAUUUACAGCAAGAGCUUCAUCCACGUAACCAAAAGCUCACAGGGCAAGAUGAAAGACAGACACAUUGAAUCAAAGUAACAAAGUACUAUGCGUGUUUGUUCUUUUCCUCUUUUUUGAAGCCACGUACGCAGUAGAAAGAUAACAAUAUCUACAUUAAGUAAAGAAAAUAUGGCAAUAGGUUUGUGCACAAAUGUGUUUUGAGAAUGGAGGCAAAAUCGAAAACUUCCAGCCGUAAGGUGGAGAGCCUUGUUCAUUUAUGGUUGUGUUUAUGUGCCAUUUUCUUAUAUUUUAUUGCUCUGACCUCAGCCCCUGUCAACCACAGAAUCAGAUGUCGGCAAUUACCUAAAAGGUUUCAGACUAGUGAAAGCCAGGAUUCCUUUACUAAAUAACAGCGAACCAAAUAAAUAUAUUUAAAUGACAUUAAGUGUUGGAUCUAAGGGUAGUGCAUGCGGCACACAGGGAAAACAUAUGGUUUGACACACCUUCUGUGCAAGAAUGUCCAAGGGUUUUAAGUUUGCCUGGAGAAGAGGAGGCGAUUUCCUCUGCCAGUAUGUGGUGAAUCGCAACAAACAUUUUUUUGGCCGCUUUUUGGAGAGGUGAUGUGCAGUGGUUUGAUGUCACCCAGGACAGUGCGGGGCACUGGAUGUCAAGGCACAGGGCUGAGAGCUGGAUGCGUGACGCUGUUCACUGGAAAGCAUUAAUAUGUUGCAGUUUGACAUAAUUAUGGGGAAAUUCCGUUUGCUAGUUUUAUUAUUUUUAUUAUUGUUCUUAUUUUUAUAUAUAUAUUUUUAAUAAAGCAGGUGUGCAUCUCAGCUGAAAAUGUAAAACCAAAGAUGCCUUCUUUGUGGCCUAUACAAGGAUUCACUUGUGCUUUCCGCUGUUAUAUUCUGUGCACUUACUUUAUAUAUGUGUAUAACGAUUAUGAAUAUGUAUGAUGUAUUUUCCUGCUGAUAAAUUUUUAUCACGCCUUAAAAUAAUUGUCUGCUAUUUUAUUCAGGUUCUCUUCGCAUUCUUUCUUGAAAAUGAGCCGUAAUACAAUAAAAUUUCAUGUUAUCUUUUUGCACUGAUUGUCGGCAGGGGUGAACGCUUGAUGAGGGAUAACCAGGUGCAGAAUAAACUGGAUUUGACAACGUC